GCCAAACAGCAGGUGGUGCAGAAGAGAAGCCUGGACAUGGGAUAUACAAAUCUUUGGCUCCCUGACUUCUACACCAGGCAAGCAAGGAGGAGCAAUAAAUGCUAGAUUUAUAUACAGCUCAGGUGUCACAGCAAUAACAUCUUGGGUCAAGGCCUGCUGAAUAGAGAUACACGUGGACUUAAAGAGACAAAUCAGCACUCAAAUCAGAUGACUCAAAAGAGGAGAAAGAAAGCCACCCUUUAAUCUCAGGACCGCACGUGUGAUGUGAAUCGGAGAAGCUGAGGGCCAAUGGCCAUUUAAAGACAUGGAGGCGCUCCUGUUCGGCAUCAAACACCUUUUGGUAGAUGAAACUUGAUGUAAGCAUGGGGUCAAAGAAGCCAUAAAUGAUUCUCUCCACUCACCUGACUUCUGCCAGCAUGCCGUCACAGCAUAGAUGAUUCACCCUUUGAAGAGGCAAAGCUGGGAACUAGCGUGGUGUAACGAUGUAGCAGCUACAGGUGACUUACACGUGGCUUAUGAUUUAGGACAGGCCGACCACAGACAGUAUGGAAGGGCAGACAACUUCUUGGGUCUGGAUAUAUGUAAACAGUACGGAACAACUGAACACUUCAUAUCCAUACAAUGCUACAGACUUGAGCGAAAACUCAGACAAAUACCAAUCAUACAUCGUUGGUCUCUUCCUUUCCUGCCUAUAUACCAUCCUCCUUUUUCCUAUUGGAUUUAUUGGUAACAUCUUAAUCCUGGUGGUGAACCUGAACCACAGAGAGAAGAUGACCAUCCCCGAUCUUUACUUUGUUAACCUGGCAGUAGCUGACCUCAUCCUGGUGGCAGAUUCCCUCAUUGAGGUCUUUAAUCUGAAUGAAAAGUAUUACGACUACGCCGUCCUCUGCACCUUCAUGUCACUUUUCCUGCAGGUCAAUAUGUACAGCAGCAUCUUUUUUCUCACGUGGAUGAGCUUCGACAGGUACAUCGCCUUGGCUAGCUCCAUGAGCAGCAACCCACUGAGGACUAUGCAGCACGCCAAGCUCAGCUGUGGCCUCAUUUGGAUGGCCUCCAUCCUGGCCACACUUCUCCCCUUCACCAUUGUGCAGACCCAACACAGGGGUGAGGUGCACUUCUGUUUCGCCAAUGUCUUUGAGAUUCAGUGGCUGGAGGUAACCAUUGGCUUUUUGGUGCCCUUCUCCAUCAUUGGUCUAUGCUACUCUCUGAUUGGGCGAAUUCUCAUGAGGGCCCAGAAGCACCGUGGACUGUGGCCACGGCGGCAGAAGGCCCUGCGCAUGAUUGUGGUGGUGGUUCUGGUAUUCUUCAUCUGCUGGCUGCCAGAGAACGUCUUCAUCAGCAUUCAGCUACUGCAGGGCACAGCUGACCCAUCGCAGAGGACUGCUACCACCCUGUGGCACGACUACCCGCUCACAGGCCACAUUGUUAAUCUGGCAGCUUUCUCCAACAGCUGCCUCAACCCCAUUAUCUACAGCUUUCUAGGAGAGACCUUCAGGGACAAGCUGCGUCUCUUCAUUAAGCAGAAGGCCAGCUGGUCGGCAGUGAACCGCUUUUGCCACCAUGGUCUUGAUUUACACCUCCCUGUCAGGGGUGAGGUGUCAGAGGUGUGAAGAGAGACAGUUACUUAAGUUACACAAACUUGCGUCAAAUCAAAGUUACGUAUCAGUUUUCUUCAACUGUUAUUUAGCUUUGCCUCAUACAGUAGCUGUGCCAGUGUCUCAGUUAACCUGCUCAAUUUCUGAACAAAAACAUCAAGGAUUUACACCAUGAGAAGGAAAACAAGGUGUUUAGUAAAUAUCAAACACACAAAUACAGUAUAUAAAAUCUAUUUCAUGCUAAUCUCCAAAUUUACUUUUCCUUAAGUUGUCAUUCAUUUUCUGAUGCCAGAAAAUGAAUGACAAGAAAGAUGUUGGUAUGUGCUAUUUAAAGUCCAGCAAAGUGAGAUUAAGAUUAAUAAUAAUAAUAAUAAAUAUGUUACCUGUGUGCUAUGUAUACAUAUAUAUAUAUAUAUAUAUAUAUAUAUAAACAUAGCAUAAGGACGCCUACACAUCCACACCAUCAUGUGGCCGCAUUUGGAACUAAAUUGAUGACACAACAAGUAGCAGUGACCGUCUUUGCUCUCUUCCUGUCUAAGACAAUGCAGUGCCUAUUUAUUUCUGCUUUUAAGUUUUUUCUUUACUUUUGUUGAAAUGUUGCCAUGUUUAGUGAAAGUGGACCUAUUAAACUUAUUUAAAACUCCAGAUUUUUAUGUUUUUACUCUACUGGAGUGACUUUGCAUGAUUCACAGCUCCAAAUAAUCCAUAUUUAUCUCAUACUGGGGGUCAUUCAGCCCCUCAGUUCAACUCCCUGCAAAAAAAGACAUUGUAGCUCCUUUAAGCCAACCUAGUCUUUAUUAGCUGCCCCUCGCAAGCAAAAGAUUUGCAGAUCUAUGUCUGACAGCCAUAUUUGGUAUAACCAGCCUCAUAAAGAGCUAUAAGUAGAUGAAAAUCUACAUUUCUUUUACACGGAUUUAGAAAUCUGAAAUGUUGGCCGUGUUUAACAUGACAGAAAACAAAGAAAAGCAUAAUAGGUCCACUUUAAACAUUCACUGGAGCAUGCAAACACAGGUUCACAAUCUAAUUUAUUGUUAUAAAUAAAGAAAAUGUCCCACUUU